CCAAGCCAUUAUUCUCAUUUUCUUAACCACCUUCCCAAAAACAAAAAAUUAAAAAAAAAAACCUAUCGUUCUCACAGCUCUGUCGCUCUGGUCUAUUAGAAAUCAAAUCUCUUCUCUUCUAUCUCUGUAAUUCUCAGCAUCACGUUGUCUUAAAGAAGAAGAAACAAUCUCUCUCUUCUUCAGUAGCUUAAAGCAUCUAAGGAAAUAAAAAAAAGGCAAUGUUAUUCGCUUUUGUCACAGAGGCCAUGUGACUUCACUGACUCAUUCUUCUCUUCAUCGUCGUCUUCUUCCUUCCUUCUCCUUUCUCUGCUUCUGGUUGUCUUUACGCUCCUCAGCCGAGUGAGUCGCUCAUUGACUCACCGAGUCAACUCGACUUUACUCCACUGUAAUGGCCUCAUACUCCCGAGCUAGAAGCAGCUCUCCGUUCUCUUAUCGGAAACCUUCCAGUCCUUACUCUUCCACUUCUUCCUCUUCUUCUUACAUCGGCAACAGGUUAAUGCCUCGUUCCUGUUCGUCUUCUACUUCUUUUUUCAAUUCCGGUGGCGGAGGACGAUCCAUGACGCCCAGUCGUUCGCGCUCUGAUUCAUUGUAUUGCGGUCCACACGGUUACGGUGGUCGCUCUCCUGUCGCGUUCGGGUCUGAGGAACUGAUUGCCGAGCCAGUUGAUGUGCCGAGGAAUGGGGAUAGUAUAUCGGUGACGAUUCGGUUUAGACCGUUGAGCGAGAGAGAGUUCCAGAGAGGGGAUGAGAUCUCUUGGUAUGCGGAUGGAGAUAAGAUAGUUAGAAAUGAGUAUAAUCCAGCAACGGCUUAUGCAUUUGAUAGAGUAUUUGGACCGCAUACCUUUUCUCAAGAGGUAUAUGAUGUUGCUGCCAAGCCAGUGGUCAAGGCUGCAAUGGAAGGUGUCAAUGGAACUGUUUUUGCUUAUGGUGUCACUAGUAGUGGAAAGACGCACACUAUGCAUGGAGAUCAAAAUUCUCCUGGUAUUAUACCAUUAGCCAUAAAGGAUGUUUUCGGCAUUAUCCAAGAUACUCCAGGAAGAGAGUUCUUACUACGUGUGUCUUAUAUUGAAAUUUACAAUGAGGUGAUCAAUGACUUGCUUGAUCCUACCAGUCAAAAUUUGCGUGUUAGAGAAGAUGCACAGGGCACUUAUGUUGAAGGUAUAAAGGAAGAAGUGGUUUUGUCUCCAGGGCAUGCACUUUCUUUCAUUGCUGCUGGUGAAGAGCAUCGUCAUGUUGGUUCAAAUAACUUUAAUCUUUUGAGUAGCAGAAGUCACACCAUAUUCACACUGAUGAUUGAAAGUAGUGCCCAUGGCGAUGAGUAUGAUGGAGUGAUCUUCUCUCAACUUAAUUUGAUUGAUCUUGCUGGAUCUGAGAGUUCAAAAACCGAAACAACUGGACUAAGGAGAAAGGAGGGGUCUUACAUAAACAAAAGCCUUCUAACUCUUGGAACUGUAAUUGGAAAGCUGAGUGAAGGAAAGGCAUCACAUGUUCCUUAUCGAGAUUCAAAACUUACACGUCUUCUGCAGUCUUCAUUGAGUGGGCAUGGACAUGUUUCACUUAUUUGUACAGUCACUCCUGCAUCUAGCAGUAUGGAGGAAACACAUAACACGUUGAAGUUUGCUAGUAGGGCUAAGAGAGUUGAAAUCCAUGCCUCUCGUAAUAAGAUUAUUGAUGAAAAAUCUUUAAUAAAGAAAUAUCAAAGAGAAAUCUCAGGCCUCAAGAUGGAACUUGAUCAAUUAAAGAAAGGGAUGAUUGUUGGUGUCAAUCAUGAGGAGAUUCUGACCUUAAGGCAAAAGUUGGAAGAAGGUCAAGUGAAGAUGCAGUCAAGAUUGGAGGAAGAAGAAGAAGCCAAGGCUGCUCUGAUGAGUCGAAUCCAGAGGCUAACCAAGCUCAUACUUGUUUCUACAAAGAAUACGAUUCCUGGAUUAAUAAGUGACGUUCCUGGUCAUCAGCGGAGUCACUCUGUUGGAGAUGAUGACAAAUUGGAUGUUUUGAGGGAGGAUGCUUUACAUCUAGAAAAUGAGAAUCAGAAAGACUCUUUGUCUUCUGCUUCUGUGGUUCCAUCAGAUGCCUCUCAUGAAUUUAAACACAGGAGAUCUUCCAGCAGGUGGAAUGAAGAACUCUCACCUGUUAGCAGUACAAUUACCGAAUCAACUCAAGCGGGUGAAAUUAUAAGUGCUUCAAAACUACUUGCAGGUGCAAUGACACAAGAUCAGAUGGACCUGCUAGUCGAGCAGGUAAAGAUGCUUUCCGGAGAGAUUGCAUUCAGCACAAGUACCCUUAAGCGUUUGGUUGAGCAGUCUGUGAAUGAUCCUGAUAGCUCAAAAAUUCAGAUCCAGAACUUGGAGCAUGAGAUCCAGGAGAAGCGGAGACAAAUGAGAAUUUUAGAGCAACACAUCAUUGAGAGUGGUGAGGCUUCAACUGCGAAUGCAUCAUCAGUUGAUAUGCAGCAGGUAACAGUCAUGAGAUUGAUGACACAAUGCAAUGAAAAGUCUUUUGAGCUGGAGAUAAAGACAGCAGACAACCGUGUCCUUCAGGAACAGCUGCAGACUAAGUGUUCUCAGAACAAGGAAUUGCAAGAAAAAGUAAAGAUCCUGGAGAAGCAGUUGGCUUCAUUCUCUGGUGAUAAAACAUCACUUGCUUCUGAACAUGCUGUGUCUGAGGAAUAUGUUGAUGAAUUGAAAAAGAAAGUUCAGUCACAGGAAAUCGAGAAUGAAAAGCUAAAGAUAGAACAGGUUCAGCUUUCAGAAGAGAACAGUGGGUUACGGGUGCAAAAUCAGAAACUGGCUGAAGAAGCUUCUUAUGCAAAGGAACUGGCUUCUGCUGCUGCAGUUGAGCUGAAGAACUUGGCUGGUGAGGUUACCAAGCUCUCAUUACAGAAUGCAAAGUUGGAAAAAGAAUUGUUGGCUGCUCGAGAAUCUGUGCAUUCUAGAGGUAUUGGCACACAAAACAUUAAUGGUGUUAACCGCAAGUAUAGUGAUGGCAUGAGACCAGGAAGGAGGGGAAGAUUCUCUGGCAGAGCAAAUGAAAUUUCGGGAAUGCACUCUGAUGAAUUGGACUCUUGGAACCUUGAUUCAGAAGAUUUGAAAAUGGAGUUGCUAGCAAGGAAACAACGGGAGGCAUCUCUUGAAACUGCAUUAGCUGAAAAAGAGUUCAUCGAAGAGGAGUACAGGAAAAAGGCUGAGGAGGCAAAGAAAAGGGAGGCUGCUCUGGAAAAUGAUUUAGCAAACAUGUGGGUGCUUGUUGCUAAGUUAAAGAAAGAAGGGGGAUAUAUCCCUGAGGUGAGUACUGAUGAGAGGCAUAGUGAUGGAAUCGAUCCAAGCGAACCAAAAAUUAAUGAGGUUGAUCAAAAUACUGUCCAAAAGGAGAGACAAGUUUCAGAUGCAUCAAGACUGCCUGAUGAAAGUCCCGAGGAGCCCCUGGUUGUUCGGUUGAAGGCGCGAAUGCAAGAGAUGAAGGACAAGGAGCUCAAAUGCCUAGGCAAUGGAGAUGCCAAUUCACAUAUGUGUAAAGUAUGUUUUGAAUCAGCAACAGCUGCAAUUCUUCUCCCCUGCCGACAUUUUUGUUUGUGCAAAUCUUGUUCGCUAGCUUGUUCUGAGUGUCCAAUUUGUCGCACAAAGAUUGCAGAUAGGCUUCUCGCGUUCACUUAAUGAACGACACUGCAGUUUAUGCCCAUCAAAGAGGGCUUGUCAAUGUUCUCCUGUUGGCAAAAUUCAAUGCAAUAGCGGGUGCAAUUCUUUCAUUAGUUAAAUGUAUGUAAUUGUCUGAAAGGUAAGUCAAUAUAUUGUUUCCUCUCCUUUCGAGGCUGUAAAAUAAGAUGGUGAUUAAAGGUUAGCGAAAAAAUGAGCACAUUCUAAAGUACAUAUUUGGGACGUUGAAUUGUUUUCAAACAUCCAGCAGAAGGCUGUGAUUUGUUUCAAUGUAUGUAUAGAAACAAUGUAUGCUUCCGUAAAAGCAUUUUUGACCCCUUGAAUCAGAGCACAUGUCAGUUCCUUGGUUC